GUCAUCCACCAAAUAAAAUCGUAAUGGCCGAUAUUGAAAUUAAGUCAAGGAAAAUGUUGAAACCCUCAGCUUCUACCUCGGAUAAUCUUCGGAUAUUGAAGCUUUCCUUGUUCGAUCAGCUGGCUCCUCGUUCAUAUGUACCAAUCCUCUUCAACUACUUGCCGAGCAGCACUUCAUCAUAUGAUAAGCUUGAAAAAUCAUUGGCGGAGACGCUAACCAAGUUUUACCCUUUUGCUGGAAGAUUUGGAAAAGAUGAUCCAUUCUCAAUCGACUGCAAUGAUGAAGGUGUUGAGUAUGUUCAAACCAAAGUCAAUGCAGACGAUCUUCCUGAAUUUCUCCGUCGUCAAGCCAAUGAUAUUGAGUCGUCUUUGCUUCAUCUUCUUCCUGUAAUGGUUCAUAUGCCAUCAAGUCCAUUACUUGGUGUCCAAGUCAAUGUAUUUAAUAAUGGAGAAAUAGCUAUAGGGAUAAAAGUUUCGCACAUCAUAGCUGAUGCUUUCACUAUAGCAACAUUUGUAAAUGAAUGGGCGCACACUUGCCUUAUAACAGGGACCAUCAGUACACAAGAUACUACUAAUAAUAAUUUUUUCCCCAGUUUUGGUCAAUUGUCAUCGCUCUUUCCAGCAAGAGUGCUACAGUUGCCAUCACCUCCCAACACUAGUACUACUGACCCUGAGAUUGUCACAAGGAGGUUUGUCUUUGAUGCUCUCACAAUAGAAAACCUCAGAAAAACAAUCAAAGACGAUUCAACUACUGAUGACGACAUGAUCAAGCAGCCUUCUAGAGUGGUGGUCGUGAUGUCCCUAAUAUGGAAGGUUCUUACACACAUUUCUUCCGCCAAAAAUGGAAAUUCAAGGAACUCGUCUUUAGGAUUUGCUAUCAGUUUUAGGGGAAAACUGUCAUGUGUACCGUCUUUAGAACAUGCUCUAGGGAAUUAUGUAACGAUAGCAAUUGCUAAUCUAGAGGCAAGUGAUCACUCAAGAAAGGAUGAUCAGUUGAAUGAUUUUGUAAAGUUGGUAGGAAAUACAAUACGGGACACAUGUGUAGCCAUUGGUAAGGCGUCAAGCGUUGAUGAUAUUUCCUCUUUAACUGUUAACAAUUGGAAAAAUGGUGUAGAAAAACUUUUCCAAGGAGACACGAUGAACACUUAUAUCACCACUAGUUGGUGCAAAUUGCCUUGGUAUGAAGCUGACUUUGGUUGGGGAAAACCAUUUUGGGUGACCCGUGUUGGCUUCAAUGCUAUUGAAGGAGUUUUUCUGAUGGACACAAAAGAUGGUAAUGGAAUACAAGUAACGGUUUGUUUGAAGGAGAAAAAGAUGACUGAAUUCGAGAAACACCUUGACAUUUUGUCCUCCACUCCCAUAGUUGGAUAAA